UCCUCUCUCCACAAACACACACAACGUAAACCUCUCCUUCCACUACUGCUACUACAAUACAAUACAAUUCUCCUCUUGGUCCGGAGCUAUCUCACUCUCCGGGCCGGAACGCCAAUGGCCACCCUCGCCGCCGCGACCGCUCCGGCCUCCCUCGGCAAGUCCGAGAUGCUUGGGGCGCCGCUCAGCUUCUCGGGCCGGGCACACUCUGCGCAGCCGGCUUCCGCCGCUGGUCCUGCCAAGAUCGUCGCGCUCUUCUCCAAGAAGAAGGCCGCUGCUAAGCCGAAGCCCUCCGCGGCGUCGCCUGCUAGCGAGGAGCUCGCCAAGUGGUAUGGUCCGGAUAGAAGGAUCUUCUUGCCGGAAGGCCUGCUGGACCGUUCGGAGGUGCCCGAGUAUCUCACCGGAGAAGUUCCCGGGGAUUACGGCUACGAUCCUUUUGGGCUCAGCAAGAAGCCAGAAAAUUUUGAAAAGUACCAGGCUUAUGAGCUCAUUCAUGCAAGGUGGGCGAUGCUCGGCGCCGCGGGCUUCAUCAUUCCAGAGGCCUUCAACAAAUUCGGCGCAAACUGCGGCCCUGAGGCAGUGUGGUUCAAGACUGGGGCUCUUCUCCUAGAUGGAAACACACUCAACUACUUUGGAAAGAACAUCCCCAUCAACCUUGUUGUUGCUGUAGCUGCUGAGAUUGUGCUUGUUGGAGGAGCUGAGUACUACAGGAUCAUCAAUGGACUGAAUUUGGAGGACAAGCUCCACCCCGGAGGCCCAUUCGAUCCCCUCGGGCUCGCGAACGACCCCGACCAAGCCGCGCUGCUCAAAGUGAAGGAGAUCAAGAACGGGAGGCUCGCCAUGUUCGCGAUGCUCGGAUUCUUCUUACAAGCCUAUGUCACUGGAGAGGGCCCAGUUGAGAACCUCGCCAAGCACUUGAGUGACCCAUUUGGGAACAAUUUGCUCACUGUGAUCUCAGGCUCAGCUGAGCGAGCCCCAACCCUCUAAACUCAACACCACCCUCUAUUUCAAAUUUGAGUUUGUAGUUGUACUCCAUGUAAAAAAAAAAAAAAAUGUUCAGGCCUAAGAGAUCGACAAUUCAAGUGCUAUGCAUAAUGUCUUUGAAACUUUGGAAGGAUGCUCGUCAAUUCUUGCAAAAAAAAAAAAAA